CGCAGGCCGCCUUUCAAAAGCUCGACUUUCUCCCUCCCCCUCGACGACCCGCCUUUCGCACAACCCCUUCCUUUCCCCCCCGACAAAAGGAAGCAGAAGCAGCUCCGACCACCCAGGCAUCUGCAAUCAUGGCUGCUCUCAACAAGAUCGCGUACAACUCGCCGUCGAGGCAGAACCCGUCCGAGCUGGAGACCACGAUCGCCGGUGCUCUCUUCGACUUGGAGAACAACACGACCGAUCUGAAGGCCUCUCUUCGGCCCCUGCAGUUUGCCUCUGCUCGUGAGGUCGAGGUCGGUCACGGAAAGAAGGCGAUCAUCAUCUUCGUCCCCGUCCCUCUUCUCCAGGGCUUCCACAAGGUCCAGCAGCGCCUGACCCGUGAGCUCGAGAAGAAGUUCUCCGACCGCCACGUCCUCUUCGUGGCCCAGCGCCGUAUCCUCCCCCGCCCCAAGCGCUCCGUCAACAGCCGCACCUCCCUGAAGCAGAAGCGCCCCCGUUCCCGCACUCUGACGGCCGUCCACGACGCCAUCCUCACCGACCUCGUCUACCCCGUCGAGAUCGUCGGCAAGCGCACCCGCACCAAGGAAGACGGCAGCAAGACCAUCAAGGUCAUUCUGGAUGAGAAGGAGCGUGGUGGUGUCGACCACCGUCUCGAUGCCUACGGUGAGGUCUACCGCCGCUUAACCGGCCGAUCCGUCGUCUUCGAGUUCCCCCAGAGCAGUCUGUCUGAGUACUAGAUUCGGAAAAUCGGAAUCGAAAUGCCAAUUUUCUUUUUUCUGAUGUCUUUUAUUACUUUUUCUUCUCUUUUUAUUUAAUUGCCAAGAGAGAGACAGAAGGGGGACUGACUUUUUGUCUUGUCGGGUGACAAAAACCGCCAUGGGGCGAAGGGCGUGGGAAUAUUGAAAGAGAAAAAUAAAAAAAGAAAAUUACCUGUCCAUGGAGUUUAUACUUUUUUUAUUUGUUCUUCUCUUUCAAAGUUUCAAAUAUUGUGCAAUAUUUGAUUCGAUUCGACCUGGUCGGGAACGGUCUUACUUUCUCUGAUGUGCCAAUGUGACGAGGAACUGAACCCAAAAACACAAAUACCGAGAAAAAUGCCAAAACAAAUUUAAAAUCAUGACCCUGGUCUGGUCUGGCUUGUCUUGUCUUCUCGUUUUAUUCUGUUUUGAAGUAUCUGUGUUCUGCGCGCAUUGGAAAUUCAAAAGUACGGCAUUAAGAAAAGUUCUUCAUCCAUGCGUGAGUCCCCGCGGCAAAGUAUUGUAUAGUCAGUCACCUAUCGAUAUGCAUAUCCGUGUUUAGGUAUGCCUUUCACCCGUAGAUGACUUUCCUAUCCCCAUCUAGGUCGGAUGUAACAUGCUAUAUUUACUCCGUA